GUCUACUUCUAGAAUAAGUCAAUCCAAUGCUUGGGGAAGCUCUGAAAAUACUGGCAAUUCCUGGACCUCUAGCGGCUAUACUGCUCGGCCAGGGGGAAGAGGCCGUGGUAGUAGAGGGCCGCCACGACCUUGCAUUCAGUAACGAGGAAGGACACACGUCUUAUAAUUGCCCCACUAGAGGAAGAGGUAGAAGUAAUGGCGGUACAAGAGGCCAGCGACCUUGUUAUAAAUGUAAUCAAGAAGGCCAUAUGUCCUACGAGUGUCCAACCAGUUCGACGCGAGGAAGAGGUGCUGGUAGAGGCACAUGCGUGUGUUAUAAAAUCAAAUGCGGUCGCAACAACAGAUGGGGAGGAUUGGGACACAGAAGCUGAUGUUUGGUCUAGUAGAAAUAGUUCUGCUUCAAACGUAAGAGCCACAAUGGCAGCCAGUGAAGUGAACGACUGGAGUGCCACUCAGAGAACAACAAUCAAAAGUGCCAAUUCGUGUGAUCCACGAUUAGUUUCAUCGAUAUCGUGUCCCUUUGUCUGGAACGGUACGAUAAGGCAUCGUUCCAUGUUGUUCAGAAUCAACAUGGAAAACUUAGACACGGAUUCCUCGUCGGAUCUCGCUAAUCUAGCGAUACCCACAGCAUUGAGAGUCGUCGGUACUAUCGAGCCUGAAAAAGUGUGGAAUUACUUGAGGCAAGUAAGGACCACGAGAUACGAAAAAAUCGUAGUAUUCCGAUUUACGCAAGCAGUGAAAGCGGAAAUUUCUUACGCGGAUUGUUACGAAUACUUUCUUGAUGGCGUCCGCAAAAGAAACUGUUAUGGUGUUGUUGGGUCUGUACCGGAUUCCAAACUUCCAUGCACUAUCAAGGAUUUCUACAUCACUCCGUUACCCAAAGAAGAUCAUUUGCCAAAGGAGCUGGAAACUAUCGCUUCAGCAAGAUGUUUGAGAGAAAAUCGAUUUUCCGAUUUAUUACUGGCGAUUGUUGUAAUCCAAAGUAAGCGCCCGAUGGACCAAACCUGUUAUGGUACAUCUGGUAGGCCUUCCAAAGUUGCCAAAGUGGAAAACAGUACCAUUCCAGUUGACGAUGGCCAAACAGAAUCAGGUGCAGUUGAGAAGAUCGAUGCUAUGCCUGAAAGCCAAUCUGCUCCAGCUCAAGCACCUAGUCAAUUAACCGCCAUUCGUCAAAAGCUACAGCAAGAUAUUCAGAGUGUUGACCCUGUCAAAGCUAGAAUUCAUACACACGCUCUUCAGCAUUCUGCUGCCAAGAUAUCCUCGUCAAAGACACAACUUCUAGGUAAACCUCUUCCAGCUGUUCAAACUACAAUUCCGUUGGUGACAGGUGAAUCCAGCGAUGCUACAUUGGAGGCCGAAAAGGAAGCAAGUCCCUGCAAAGUUCCGAUCGACGAAGAAAAAGUCCAGAUUCCAGCAGCCCCUGUAGAUGGGGAACUGCUAAUGAAGCAAGCCAUAAUGGAAGAGUUGAAUCGUCAAAUAGAUGCUUCAAAGCAGAUCAAAUUCACAGAAGUGUAUUCAACGUUGCCAUCUGAAACACUAAAUUUCACUCCUGACGAACCUGUUAAACCCAUUGCCGCAGAACUUGCCUUAUCAUCCGCUCCUGUUUUACCCGAUGGACCGUUAACGCGUUUCAGAUCGAAGAGACAAACUGUUGCAGAGAAGGUACCGACAAUCAAGCAAACAAAGGUUACUGUUUCUUCAAAUUCAGAUCCUCCCAAAGAAAUCGUAGAUCUGAGAACGAAGAUAGAUAUGCUAAAGGAACAACGAAGAGCACGCAUUUCUCGAAAGGAAAUUGACAUACCUAAGGAAGCCAAGAAACAUCCUUGUUUAAUCGAAAGCUGUAGGAAUGAUGCACAAUCAGACAGUAUCUACUGUAGUGAUGAAUGUAUCCUUAGCCACGUGCAAGAUUCGCGUAACGCAAUGAGCAAGGAGAAGAUGAAUGACGCGCAAUUACAGGAGCCAUCUGAUCCUAGUACUUCGCUAACAACACCGAACGCAUCGUCGGAUGAAUCCAUGUUUAAAGAUUCAAUCGACUACACCCUUUUAAAGGCACAACCAACACCUGCGCUGGCCUCUAAAUUGCUUGCCAUGACGGAAAUGAGGAAGUCUUUGGCGUCAGGAAAUAAGCCAACCAAUUUGGCUAAAGAUACGUCCAUCCCAAUCAUGGAAAAAAAGACUGGAAAGAUCCUGUGUGGUGCGUCUGCACCGACAGUAGGAAAUUUGGAACAGUGGCUGAAGAGCAAUCCUACCUAUGAAAUUAUCAAACCUGAAUCACUUCCAAUUAAACCCUCGUUGCCGACUGUUUCUACGAUUUCGUCGACGCAAACUGCUCGUUCUACGACACCACAAGCUAACACACAUUCAUCAACUUCAUCGUCAAAGGGCGAAGUGGAUAGUCGCAACUCAAAGAAACCGAGCGAUUCCUCGUCUUCAUCCAAAGCGAAAGGUUCACGAAAAAGGUCUCUGGAAACGCCCAAAGCAGAAGAGACAUCAGCAAAAGUAGCGAAACCUGACACUGAAUCAACUAGGGUUAUUACGAGGAGUUCCCUCAAGGAAGCUCUGUGGAACCGAUGCAAAGAUGUUAAUGAUCUGGAAAUAGACGAAGCAGCCGUUGAAGAAAUUGCGAACGAGGUGGAAGAAUCGCUUUAUACCCUGUUCAAGCAAGAUGUUAGCAUAAAAUACAAAAGCAAAUAUCGGAGUUUGAUUUAUAACAUCAAAGAUCCUAAAAAUUCUGGAUUGUUCCUCGAGAUCGUUACAAAGCAGAUAACGCCAGUUCAAUUGGUGAAGAUGUCAACCGAGGAAUUGGCAUCUAAGGAUUUAGCCGAAUGGCGGGAACAAGAAGCCAAACGCCAGCUGAACUUAAUCGAAAAAAAUGAACAGGAACGCUUGUCUCAAGUCAACAAAUACCUGAUAAAAACCCACAAAGGAGAAGAAUUUAUCAAAGAAGUCAAUGAAGACUAUGGUGAAUUAGACGACGAUACAUCGAAAACGGCUGGUUUUCCUGAUACACCCCCUGAAGACUCAAGUUUGAAGCAUAUAUUGCCGAGAUUUAAAAGUGACCUGGAUUCUAGCCAAACAUUCGAAAAGAAAGACGCAAAGAGGACGACCAGUUCACGUUCAAGCAUGAAGGACGAUGGAUUCAAGAGAUCCAAGAGUACAGUGAGGUCGUCUCGUCAUUCCGAAUCUAAGUCGAGAGGGUACGACUAUCGCAGUAGCAGUCGUCAGUCAGAAAAGAAAGAUCGCGAAAGACACGACAGACAUAGUUCUAGUAGCUCGAAAUCAAGAAGUAAAUAUCGACACCACAGCCGAAAAUCGAAUAGGUAUAAGGAACAAGCAAAAUCUCCUAAAUCCCAUGCAAUCAGCCCAUCUACCGAACUUGAGGCCGAUGGUUUCAGAGGCUUCAAUGAAGGGGAAGAACUUCGGAAUUACAAUCAGCUGCUCAGCCUUCACGAGGAAGUUGCUAUUACAACAGCGGACAGCAAUACGUUAUGGUUAGAAAGGAAGUUGAUGAAACAACUUAUCGUGCUGGAAGAACUUAAUCGCCGUUCAGAUGCUUCAGAACGAGAGGUUAUCGAUGAACAUGUAACCUUCGAAGGGUCCCUCAAAAAGGGGGAUUCAGUUACAUCUAAAGGCGCCAUACCAUCGACGCCUACAACACAGCCUUCGAUGAGUCCGGAACGAUGCUGUAAUAUUUCCGUGGAAGGCAUGUAUCAAAAUAUUGAUAAAGAAAAGGUGACUGCAGAGGUCAACCAAAUAGAUACUGAUUCAGCGCAAUAUGAUUUGAAAGAAAAGAGCGGUUUGGCUGGUUACGUCUUUGGCAUGCACAACAAGUUCUUUAGAUAACGGCGUUGCAAACGUGUCGUACAGUCCCGGCGAGCUACUAAUCGUAGAAGACGAGGAUUCUUUUUUAGAUCUUGACGAGCAGUUUUUGAAACAGCAAGCGGUAGUUGAAGAGCUGAAUUCUAACUUAACGUCGUUUAUUGUGGCGAAUAAUAUCGAUAUUCAAUCUCAUGAUGACAAUUUGGAUUCUUCAUUUAGUGAACAGAUGCCAGUUACACCCCCUGUAAUGCCACCGUCUGAUUUGAAAGAUGAAGCGUGUAAACUUGGUGAGCCUACCGGGUCAGCACAGGUGGCCUGCAAUGACACUGUCAGCGAUAUCUGUAUCAUAAAUACAGCAGACGAUCAGUCCAACCAGACAACACAUUCUUCACCCAUUCAUCUGGAUAACACCAAACCAGAGGAAGGAGCCAUUAUAGUUGAAAAACAAGAACAUUUGACACUCUUGCCGCGCGAGAAUGAAGCCGAAUAAAUUCCACAAACAGCAGAUUUAACAGCAGCAACACUUGGUGUGGCUAAAGACGAGCUUAGUUCUAUCUUUAUGUAAGCUAAUUGUUAUUUAUUUUUUCUUACUUUAUGUUUUUGUGAAAUCGAUGGUGUUUUUUUUUAUACGUUAUUGUGUGUGGCAAAGCAUACUUCAGCUGAGGGUUCUAAUCCAUCCCCAGCUCUUCUGUAUGCCGUUUUAUUUUUAUCCAGUAAUGAACAAAGAACAAAAAAUUUAAAAAUUGAUAUAUAUGUGAUCUUUACGUUGAUACUUCUCGUACGUUCAACACUUUGUUUGUUAUGUUCUUUUAUUUCUGUUUGUCUUGAAUGCUGGAUAGGUUGGUAACGUGGAUUAAUUUAGACGGACUGAAUGGAAGGGGAAAAAAUUAUUUUGCCCAGUUUACCUGUUUCAAG